AUUCAAUAGAUGGACAACAGUAACAUAUGUUCUGUAGAGAAACUAACAGAGACAAUAAAGCUUGUGGAAAACUUGAGGUCCACAGUUUACGUAGUGUUUGAUGAGCUGGUGGGUGGUAAAACUAUCAACGAUGGGAUUAAAGAUCACAGAACUAUCAACGACAAAGAAAAAGGUAAAAAAAUGGUGGCGAACUUGCAUCUGAACCUACAAAACGGGGUGAACAAAGCUCUUAACAUGUUGGAGACCAGCAUGGCAAGUCUUGGACGAUAUCCUCUGAGUACCCUGCCUCACAACCCCGGCUUUCAUCUGCUGUCCUUGGAAACUAACGAUAUAAGGGGACAAGAGCUAUAUGAGACACUACAUAACGACUAUCUUCACGUGUAUAAAAUCUGCGACAAUAGCGGACUGAUGUUCAAAUCUCUGACAAGGAAUAUGAAGAUUCCUAACACACAGGACAUCGAGCCAGUACCUCAGAGCAACAUCUACCACUCCAUCCAGGCUCCCAGGUCCCACCUGGAAAGUUUCGUAGCGAACAUGAACCAGCGAUUCAGCAGCUCAGGUGGGAGUCAGGUCCUGAAGCUGAACCUGAUGAAGACCAGCAGUGGUAACAUGCUGAAAGCGAUCGUGGGCACUGUGUUGAAAGCUAAUAUCAUGAUGCAAGGACUGCUAGUGGACCGAGUUGUCGUGCAUUCCUUCAAUGAGGAGACUACCAACGAUAACAUCUGGCCUCCAUCUAAGUUUAUAGUAUUUCAGAGACUGACCGAGAUAGCAAACUCAGCUGCACUUUACUAUGGAAGUAGUUCUAAGUUUUUUGUGUGGUUAAGUUAUUACCAGAACUUGUACUCUCAGCCUUGUAAAGGUUGUGGGAAAAUUCUUAUGGACGAAAACAAUAGGGACAGAUACCUUCCCCCAGUCAGAAGGGACUUUGUGCAUUUGGAACUGGUUUAUCAUCUGUCUUGUUACCAGAGCAGUGACGAGAUUAUGUUAUCAGGGCUGUUUAGAAGUUGAAGGCAUGUCAUAUGUCCUAGUACUAGAGGGAUCAGAAUUUAAAUAAGUUGAAAAAUUUGUUCAGAGCUUUAAGAAGAGUGUGAAAUUUAGAGGAAAAGUUUUUGAAUAGAUGCACGCUGUUUCACUUUGCCGUCAUUGAUUGUAGAUGUAAAGCUUUAUUGGAUGCAUUCACCAAUUAUCUAUUCAAUCUUCUGUAUUAUUUAUAGCUUAAAUCUUAGUUAAUUUAUAUUUUUCUGAAUACCAAUCAUACUUAAGAAUAAA